AAGAUGCACCUUCACCACACUAUUCUCUCCUUCCUGGGCUUCAUUUUAGCCCAAAUUUCCUCCCUCCUUGCUCCCCACAAAGCAACACAGAAGGAUGGGAAUUACAGUCAUGUCACAUCCCUGCUUGUCCCUCAGGGAAACAAAUCCUUGUCCUGCUCCAGCCUGGGAUACCUCCCACAGGAGGACAGUCACAUCCUUCAUGUCAGACAGACAGAACAUUCUUCAUGGUCAGGUACCCAAUGCCAAAAGUGGGAUUCGUCCUCGGCACGUGUCAGUUGUUCUUCUUCGUCUUCCAAGAAUAGUCCACAAGUCUCACCUUCCGACCCAUUCCUGAUGAUUUCCAAGAGCCCAGGGCAGUUUGAAUUUCCCCUUUGAGCUUGUUGUGUAAUGAGGGCAAUCCCCUCACUGCAGGCACCAUCGGGGGCGGGGGGGCUCUGUCUCUUUCUCAGCUCCCGGGGCACCCGGAUCGGUGCCGUGCAGGGGGGGCUCCGUCGCUGCCCCACCGCCCCGGGCGCCGCGAUCGGUGCCUCAGAGCUGCUCCAUCGGUGCCUGAGCCCCCGGGGCAUCCCGAUCGGUGCGGCGGGGGGGGUCUCGGUCAGUGCCUCAGCUCUCGGAGCACUCCAAUCGGUGCCGCAGGGUGAGGCUCCGUCGGUUCCGCUGCUCCCGGGGCACCGCGAUCGGUGCCGGCCCUGGAGCGGUUUCCAGUUGAGUCAAACCGGUCCCGGGGGCUUCGGGCCAAGCCCCGCCCCUCGCUGCUUUCCCGCGCGCUGAUUGGACAGAACGGCCAAAAUCCGCCCCUCCCCCACAUCGGCCUUAAAACCGGAGCACCGGGAGCCCAGCCCCACUCGGGUCCGGAGCUGGGACACGGCUGUCGCUGCCGGUUGUGCCCCAGCUCGGAGCUUCUGGCGGGCGGACGGACGGACGGGACCGCGAUGAGCUGUGAGGGGUCUGUGUGCCACCAGCGCGGGAGUGAAGCUGUUCCCGAGGCCGAUCUCCGAAAGGCUUUUUCAGCACUCCUGAGGUGUCGGGAGCGGGUGUUUUUUCCCAGCAGAGAGAUGCCGGCUGUGAGCUGGAGGAGAGUGAAUUGUGCUCCCAUCAUGGAGCUGUGAAGGAGCUCCUGCAUAUCCAGGAGGGACCAGCAGCUGGGGUUCCGCAGUUGCUUGGGAUGCAAGAAUCCUCUCGUCAUGAGCAGGGGGAUGCCACUUGUGAGUGUGCAGAGAGUGAAGCUGUGGAGAAUGAAUUGUGCACCAGUGAUGAGAGUGUGAGGGAGCCCCUGGGUUCCCUGGCAACAUCAGCACCCGGCAGUGUACACAGAAGGAUCCUCAGAGGAUUCCCGGGCAAGCGGUUCAGGUGCCGUGCCGUGCCCGUGUUGGUGCUGGUUGUGCUCGUGUUGCUGGUGCUGGCUUUGGCGGUGGCCUUGGCUGUGCAGUCAGCCUCACAGCUUCCAGUCACACCUGUGACUCCGCAGUGCUGUCCCUCUGGCUGGGUUGGGUACAAUGGGGUCUGCUACUACUUCUCCAGGGAUUCCAGCACCUGGGAGCAGGGUCAGGAACGGUGCUCCGAGCUCGGGGCCUCCCUGGCCAUUGUCAAGGAUGAGGACCUGGGUUUGCUCUUCCGCCUCCGCGGGAACGUCGAUUACUGGCUGGGGCUGCGCAGACGGGGCCAGCGCCUGCACUGGGGGGACGGCAGCAACUUCAGCUCCUGCUCUGCAGGGCGUCCCCAGCAGAGCAGGACAUGCGGCAGGACUGUGGCAGAUCAGAGAGCCCCGCACCUUAUGUACAGUACCCCUGACCCAACCACCGUCCACAACGUACAUUUUAUUUACAAAAUUGUACCAAUACCUACUACCUAUAUUAACAUGUCUGUUCUACUCUAAGCCAAUCUGUAAAACUUAACUCAGCACAAGAUGGGGGAUGAGAGCAAGAACAAGGAGCACAGGGGCCACUCCCCAAUUCCUCCAUCUUGCCUCUUCAGCCCCAUAUGCUAAGAAUCCUAAUUUCUAUAUUUAUAUUCUAUAAUAAACCAUCCACUACUUAUUUUAAAUUCUUAGGAUUUGUGAUUCUUCCUGCAUGUGAGUGUUCACUCCCAUGGACAGGAAUCAGAGGCAGUGUCCUCCUGGGAUCUGUGUGGGUCUAACUGACCCCCCUGUACAGAUCCCAGACCCCCCUGUCUGGUCUCCAAACCCUCCAGGGUGGCCAGAGGGAUGUUCUAGACUCCAACAAAUCUUCAGUUCAGCAAGGGAGAGAGGAGUCUCUCUCGCACCACAGACUGCUCCUCUGAAAACACGGGUCCACUCCUUAUGUGUUUCCAUGUCACCCGUGGCACCGCCCGGAGAAAGCUGCCAUGGUGACACUCGCUUUUCCAUGUCCAGUGCUGUCACCACUGUCCAUGGGCCAAAGCUGCAUAUAGGGCUCUUUUAAGGAUGCUUGCAUGCCGAGCUCUCCCCAUCUUUCCCCUGGGGCCGAGGGUUCCAGGAGCAGGUCUCCCCUGAGGGCAGAGGGCGCCACCACACCCUCCCCCUCUCUUCUCUGUUCGCUCCACUCUUAAAGUGCCAGUCACUGUAGCAAAAGCAGGGGCAGCUGCAUCCACCCAAAUGCAGUUUAUGUUCAAAAGAGACUUGAGUUCAGUCUGUGGCUAACAUUAUGCAAGAAAAGUCCAGCUCAGAAGCCACUCUUCUUCAAUUCCCUGCCCAUCGGGUUCUUUCCAAUCUUUCCAAUCUUUCCAAUCUUUCCAAUCUUUAUCAUCUCGGUCCCAGGCUGUUUUUCUUUCUCUUCUGAAACCACUAGCCAUGAAAAUCAAUGUCUGGGAAAAAAGUUUCUUUCUGCCUCAGAAAGAGUUAACAGUUUCUGGCUUCCGGCAGGGGGCUGCAGGCUGAGGCACUCCCAGGCUCGGCAACUCCCACACAGCUGGGCACCUUCUCCCGGAGGCAGUGGGGGGGACACGGAAGGCACCUCCACAGUUUUCCACCCCUCCAUCCUGGAUGGGGCCAGCUCAGCUCCAGUCCUGUGCACUCUCUUUCCCCCCCGGGGCUCCAGCUUACUUCAGCCCGGCCGUGUGGUUCUCCUCAGCCCGGCCACGUGGCUCCCCUUUCCCACUCAGCCUAGAGCUGAGCGGGGGAGAGGAGAUGUUUCCCUGCUGAAACCAGAACCCAAAAGAGACAGACCUUCUGAGAGUCGUUGCUUUUAACUCCUUGUGUCCUUGGAGGCGUUUCUAGCCCCUCAGUGGCCACUAAAAAAUGCCAGCAUUCAAACCUGACCACUGAUUGGUUUGACCACAGCCUCUUGAAAAAAACUCACUUCCCCUCAAACCAGGAAAUCCUUUUAAAGAGGGGUGGUACAAGCAUAUAACAACCAAUCACAAACUUUUAGGGGAGGAGUACAAUAGCACAUCACACGGGGAAAACCAAUCAGAGAAACACAGGGGCAUGGCAUUAACACACUUUCCGAUGGGGAACAGAGUAUGAGGGACCUUUCUGGACUUAGGGAGUGGGUUUGACAUAAUGGACAAGGGAUGGGCGUGGGGUAAAUUAACAACUUGGUAUGAUGGACAUUCGGGUUUACUCAUUAACAGGGUUUUGUGGAUUAAACCAUUUGAAGGAACCACCACAGGGCAGGGCCUGGGGAGACAGGGCCACAAGGUGUUCCCCUGGGAACCAGCCAUGUCUCUGCUCCUCC